GAAGGGCGCAUAAGAAAUCUGGGAAAUACGAGGGUAGUUUGGUCUUUACGAGUUUCAUUUAGGGUUCCGAAAGAUCUGGGUUUUGGCUCUCUCCUCUCAUUUUCUACUCUUCUUCAAAAGCACACUCAAUAUUUCGAGAUCCUCUCGGCUUGUUCGUUCUUCGUGAACGAUCCCAUCUAUUGUUUCUCGCUAGUCUCAGAUUCGACUAACUUGGAUAUCUCCGAUACUGAAGAAGCCUCCUUCUUCUUUUUCCGCUCUUCCCGAUGCCGAUCGAUAAGAUCUUCAAAGAUGAUGCUAGUGAAGAGAAGGGAGAACGUGCGAGGAUGGCAUCAUUUGUUGGUGCAAUGGCUAUCAGUGAUCUGGUUAAGUCUACUUUAGGGCCAAAGGGCAUGGAUAAAAUCUUGCAAUCUACUGGUAGAGGUCAUGCGGUCACUGUUACUAACGAUGGUGCUACUAUUCUCAAGUCACUUCACAUAGACAACCCUGCAGCUAAAGUUCUUGUUGACAUCUCGAAAGUUCAAGAUGAUGAGGUUGGUGAUGGAACUACCUCUGUUGUUGUCUUGGCCGGCGAGCUUCUGAGGGAAGCAGAAAAGCUUGUGGCUUCUAAGAUUCACCCUAUGACCAUCAUAGCAGGUUACAGAAUGGCUUCGGAAUGUGCUCGUAAUGCUUUACUGAAAAGAGUCAUUGAUAACAAGGACAAUGCAGAGAAGUUUAGGUCAGACUUGUUGAAGAUUGCGAUGACUACUUUAUGUUCCAAAAUUCUCUCACAGGACAAGGAACAUUUUGCAGAAAUGGCCGUGGAUGCUGUUUUCAGGCUAAAGGGAAGCACAAACUUGGAAGCUAUUCAGAUCAUCAAAAAACCUGGAGGGUCUCUGAAGGAUUCGUUUUUGGAUGAAGGGUUUAUUCUUGACAAGAAAAUAGGAAUUGGGCAGCCUAAGCGCAUAGAGAAUGCAAAUAUCUUAGUAGCUAAUACUGCUAUGGAUACCGAUAAAGUGAAGAUUUACGGUGCACGUGUCCGUGUGGAUUCCAUGACCAAGGUUGCUGAGAUUGAAGGGGCUGAGAAGGAAAAAAUGAAAGACAAGGUGAAGAAGAUCAUAGGCCACGGAAUCAACUGCUUUGUUAACAGGCAGUUGAUCUACAAUUUCCCUGAGGAACUCUUUGCUGAUGCUGGUAUACUUGCUAUUGAGCAUGCUGACUUUGAGGGAAUAGAGCGUCUUGGUUUGGUUACUGGUGGUGAAAUUGCUUCGACCUUUGACAACCCAGAGUCUGUUAAGCUUGGGCAUUGCAAGCUUAUAGAAGAAAUCAUGAUUGGUGAAGACAAGUUGAUUCAUUUCUCUGGUUGUGAAAUGGGCCAGGCUUGUUCAAUUGUCCUAAGAGGGGCCAGUCACCAUGUCCUAGAUGAGGCUGAAAGAUCACUCCAUGAUGCCUUAUGUGUACUCUCUCAAACAGUGAAUGAUACUAGAGUUUUGCUUGGAGGUGGAUGGCCAGAGAUGGUGAUGGCAAAGGAAGUAGAUGAGCUUGCAAGGAAAACUGCUGGCAAAAAAUCUCAUGCCAUUGAAGCUUUCUCACGUGCUCUAGUUGCUAUACCGACAACAAUCGCUGACAACGCUGGUUUAGACAGUGCCGAAUUGGUUGCUCAGCUUCGUGCAGAGCACCACACUGAAGGGUGUAACGCUGGGAUCGACGUCAUCACUGGAGCUGUAGGAGAUAUGGAAGAGAGAGGAAUCUAUGAAGCAUUCAAAGUGAAGCAAGCGGUUCUGCUUUCAGCCACAGAAGCAUCUGAGAUGAUAUUGCGAGUGGAUGAAAUCAUUACAUGUGCUCCUAGGAGGAGAGAAGACAGGAUGUGAAAAACUCAACACAAACACAUGAACGUGGUGGGAGCCUAGAGAUUCCAUGAUUGUGUUUUCGAUUUGGAUCAGAAUACAACUUUUCUAAUAUGUUUAAUGUUUUGCUCCUCCUUAGAACUCAUCUUUUUGUUUUGUUUCCUUUUAAUCUUGUUUUGAGUUUGAAUUUAGACGUUUGAAAAAAGUGUUAGCUCCAAAGUUUUUAAUUUGUUUGGUUGUGACGUUGUGUCUUCUGUUUCUACCUGCAUCCCAUUUUGGCAUUUUCACUGAGAUGGUUCUGAUAUAAUAGGGAUGUGUGGAAAAGAAAAACGAAGUACCAAAACGUAAGUUAUUUGGAUACCAAAGGAAAACUUGAAGGAUCCCAUUUCUG